GUUUAACUAGAAAUAGUAUUUCGAAAGUUAUUAAGCACAAAAGAUGAAUUGCGUUUAUUUUGAUACACCCUGUAGUUCGAUCUAGUGAGAUGCCCAAAAAUUCUGAUAUUUGAUUAAGAUUAAUCUUUUUAUUUUACCAGAAAAUGAAAGCCACGAAACCCUCCUUCAUUUUGCUGCUCGCCAUGGACUAAGGGAACUUAUCAAUGUUUUUCUCAACCUUCCUGGAGCCAAACAAGCGUUGUCUACGUAUAACAAGUCUGGAUUGUUACCGCGAGAUGUGGCUCGGGAGAGUGGGCUAUUGGAUAUUGCUGAACUUUUGGAUUCCGAAAGGUAAGUAAAGAUUAUAGUCUGUCAAGAUUAUAGUCUGUUAGUCUGGAGGCCUGGCAAACUGCGUAGCUACAAAAUUGAAGCCCUUCAAAAAUGAAAACUUACGGGAACCACUGCAUGAGUACUCUUACAAAAUACAAAACAACGGUAAUUCCGAAAAGGAACAUUUAUAAUGUAGUUCUAGCUUUCGACUAUGUCUUAGUCCAUGCCUGCCAGGUGUUGGAAUCCUAGGUAGCGGCGCUACUUGCUAGUGCCUGAAGCUAAGGUGUAAAAAAAUACCUGUGGUUUCGGUUUCAUAUCGCGAAAAAAUUAGGGUCGGUAGGUCGGAAAUAUUUUUUUUUUAAAUACUUUUUUCAUGGUUUUUUCAAUAAUUAGUGUGACAACAGACGCCAUUUUGGCAGCAGCCCGCAACCACCCGGAGAAAACAGGGUCGCACGGUCAAUCGCGUUGAAAAAAUAAUAGGGUCGGCAGAAUAAAAUAGGGUCGGUCGGGAACCGGAACCACAGGUAUUUUUUUACGCCUAACUGCAAUCCUUGGUCAGAAGGUCCACCUUGUAAAUUGAUUACUGAACUCAUAAUCAUAUACCAGUAUUUUCAUCAAUUUGAUGAAUUUCAAUUUCAUUUCAAGUUCUUAUAAAGUAGUAAAAAACAAAUAUUAAACUACCUUUUGUGUGGUUUGACUAAUUUCCUGUUCUGUGGCCGAAUUUUAUUCAUCAGCCGACAAUCUUGUCGGCUUGAUACUGUAUAUCAAAAUCUUCAAGCAAUCGGGUUUGAGCAAAUUAACGGACACUCAAUUUUGACAAUAUGAAACAUAACAAAAAAUUUAUUCGGUGCCCGCUCUCCUGUCGCAAUUUGCAAGCUUCAAGCGAAGCGGGCAAGUUUGAACCACGCAGGGCUAACUGCAAAUUGUUUUGGCUACCUGCAAAAAAACUAAAUAUGCAGGCAUGUUUUAGUCAUCAUCAGGAAUGAUGCUAUAGGUUACAUUACAACGAUAUUUAUAUGUGAAGAUUAAAGUAAUUUGAUUUAACCAACAUAUACACGGUGUAUCAAAAAAAAGGUAAUCGAACUUCAGCGCGCUAUUAUACGUGAAUCACUCGGCGUAUGAACAAUUGGUUUUCAUAUUUGGAAAGAUCAGGCUUUUAGCUAUUGAAUGACAUGCUUUUUAUACCAAGUGGAGAAAAAAUAAGCAUGUACGAGGCCGAUCAAAAAUGUUAGUCAAAAUCGCAUAUUUUCACCUCUGUGCCUAAUUAAAACAAUGCAUAACAAAUAAAAAGCAAUUAAUCACUAACGUGUCGUAGCUUAGCUAAGAUUUAUUCCUACUUAAUAAUAAUUAUGAAUAUGGGCGUAGUUUAAUGAAGUGAAAUUCAUCAACUUAAGUACCAAAGGGAGUUCAUUUUCAAUGGUUUUAGACCCAACUCUCAACUGUGAAAAUAUGCGAUUCUGACUAACAUUUUUUAUCGGAUUCGUAUUUGCUCAUUUUUUAUCCAUUUGGCAUGAAGAAGAUAUCAUUCAACAGUUAAAAGCAUGUUCUUUCCGAAUGUGAAAAAAUCUUGUUCAUACGCAGAGUAAUUGGGUACAAUAGCGCGCUGAAGUUCGAUUACCUUUUUUUUAUACACCCUGUAGAAGAGAUUACUGUAUAUUAAUAAAAGAAGGUGAGGUGUUUUGACGCCUUAGUUCCGUAUUUGAGUUCAGGUUCAAAACGUCGAAUGGCAAGCGAUUCUUUAAAAAGCAAUGAGGACCAAUGAUCAGAUUUGAUAUGUAAAUCAAUCAGAGUCACUAUCUUGAUCAUUUUCCGAUUUGACAGGAGGUAAAUGGUGUCUCCAAAGAAAGUGCAUGUACAGACAACAUAAAACUUUAGACUGCAGAAAAUUGCAUAAGCAGUUAUCAAACUUAUGUCACAGUAUAGUGGUAGAGGGCAUGUGUGAUAACUGCAUGGUAUCCUUUUAUAAAGUUUUUGGCUAGGGUGGAUAUCUAUUUCUUAAUUGUUAUUUGAGGUUGGGUAAAAAAAUAUUUUGAGUUUUUAAUGGUUGGAUCGGCAAAAUUUUUUACCAAGAAAGACAUCAGUGCCACCCCCACCAUGAAUGACCAGUCGCUAAGAGAUUUCCCCAUAUUGCAAUGAUUCAUAAUGCAAACUUGAUAUCUCUGUUUGAACGCUUUAGAAGUACAGAGCAAAGAAAGAGUGGUACUUUCAAAGACAGCACCAGACGUAAAGUAAGAAGAAAUAAUGACAAUGGCGUGACAACAAUAACAAACCUUAGAAGCCAUAACGUUCAGGACGACAUUCACUUUCUGAGGGAUUUAAAUAAAAAACUAAAAGCGAAGGUAAAUUCAUUGGUAACUAGAAGGCAACUCGAAGAUUGCAUAUACAGUACCUCCGUCAGCGAAUUAAGUUAUGUAUCGUGCAUAAAUUAUACAAUGGGCUAAAUAUACAGGGUGUAUAAAAAAAACCUGAACAGAUUUGAAAUUGCUCUCAAUUUCACAAAACAGCUAUUAGUGUCCAGUUUUCGAUAUAUAUAACUUCUUUGGGUACUUAUAAUGUAGAAUAAUGAAAAGAAUUUCUCGAACUCAAAUUUUGUAAACCAGGGGGGGUGUCUCUUCCAACAAACUAAAAAUAGCUUGCGCACGAGAUUUAAAAGCUUUAAUCAUAUUUUGAGAAAUAAUUUUAAUUAUAUUUCGCGUUAUAAGUUUAUAAUUUGCUUCAGUCACGCAAACUUACAUUUUUUCCUAAAUGUAAUUAAUGCCUAGGCAAUAAAAAAUAUGUGGGUUUCCGGUUUCUUCUUUUAAAUUUUCCGAACAACCGGACGCCAUUUUGUUUAGUCAGUGCUUCCACAUCCAAAGAUAAAUUUCCCUAAUAUUGCCUCAAAUUUCAAUUUUCCACAAAGUUUUUCCUCUAAGUGGAAACACUUACAAGCAUGAUCCAAUAAAAAAGUUUAGGGUCGGGAUUUCGACGUCUAAAAGCUAGGUAGGGUCGGGAAACCGGAAACCCACAUAUUUUUUUAGCCCUAUCCGAAAUAUUAAUCCGCUUAAUUAAUGCCUAUCCGAAAUUGCCUAAUCCGAUCCGAAAUUGUGUAAUCCGAAUCCGAUCCGAGUUUCGAUAAAAGAUUCCAAUCCGAUCCGAUCUGAAGAAGUCUUUAAUAAAAUAAAUUUCUCAUUCAAGUUGAAAUAUUUAACCAAAUAAAUAUAAAAGGAAGAAAUACAUGUCAAGAAGCUGACAAAGUGACGUCCAAUUGAAGUAUCAAACGAAUAAUGCUGAAUAUUAUACCUCAAAUUCAAAUUGUUCAAUCAGGAAGCUUAGUUUGUGCCACGUGAGCAUGAAAUUAAUCGCGAUAUCACGCCUUACGUCAUCAAUUAGCGAGCCUGCGUUCCUUUUGACAAUGUUCCACCCCAUGUUCCCCGGGGAACAUGGGGUGAAACAUUAUUCGCGUAGACCGCGCGAGACAACACGCAUGACAAAAACAUGGCCGACAAAAUGUAAAUAGUAUUGAUGAGUGAUGAAUAAUCAAAUUUUAAACGUAAAACCUGGGGCUUUUUCAAAAUUUUGAAGCAAAUUUUGAAAAAUGUUGUCAUUAAUAUUCCAAACGAUAUGUGAUUCGAAAGAAAAUCGACGAAUACUUGCGUUAAUCCGAAAAUGAAACAUCGUAUUCACGACGGUAUGUGUUUUUAAUUCUCAACUUGGAGGCUUUUAAUUUUCGGUAUAAUAUAUCAUUUAUAGACCCUCCGCUCGGGGGAUUCGGCGAAAUAUUACCUGAAGUGAUGAUAUUUCUUUGCCCCGAGGGAAAUAUCAUCACUGAGGGUAAUAUUUCGCCGAAUCCCCCGAGCGGAGGGUCUAUAAAUGAUAAAUGUAACGCUAAAUGUGUACGUUUGAAACGUAAACAAACCGUGGAAAAGUCCGCGGUUGCUUGCAAAUGGGAUAUUAAUACAUGUGCCUUUUUUCAGAGAAAUUCGCCAGUAAACAGACACUCCUGGCCAAUAGAAAUUCAAUCUUUCCAUCCAGGUAAUGUUUUGUAUACAUUUAUAUUUCUUUCUAGGAAUAGUGGAGACGGAAUAGUAAACCACUAUACUGAUUAUAUCGUUAUUAAAUACAUGAUAUUUCUGUUUCAGAUGACUAUAUUGAAGAAUUGGAGAAGGGACUGAGUAAAGUUACAGCUCUUGGAGAAAAAAAUAAUACGAAACGAUCAUUCAUAGGUUUGUACCAUAUUUGCACAAAUUUGGAAUAUUUAUGUACUUCCUGUAUUGUAAUGUUUAGUUUGUAAUAAAGACGAAUCACGUGUUUACUAAAUGACCGUAUCUGGAACAUUUUGUCGGCGACAUCAGUUAAGGAAUCUGUUUGACUCUUUAUACGAGAAAUCUGCAGUUUUAUACCAUACUACAAUGUGUCUAUUGUCUUUGUCUUAGAUGAUAACCUGAUUCAGUUAAGAGAUAUUACAGAAGAGAUCUGCAAUCUACGGUCACGGAAUGCAGAGGAAGCCUCGAAAGAAGUGAGUGUACUGUGUUCAUUCUUCGUUUGUAACCUCAUACCAUACCAUACCAUACCAUACCAUACCAUACCCACUAUAACCUACACUAUCCCCAACAUAAUAUUCAGGAUCUUCACUUUCACUACCCCCCAAAACUCCAACUCUAGUGGGAUCCAGGGGCAUUCUCUCCCGGAAAAUGUUGGAACUUGUACUCUUGGAGUCUCUGAAAUGGUAUUUCCUGAUUUCUGAGGGGAGAUCUCACGGGCAGAAACUAUGUCAUUUUAUUCAUUUUACAUUGCAAGCAGCGAGUUUAUAUUAAGUUACAAUCUUUUCUUGUUUGGAGUAGACUCAUCCCCCUCACUUCUGCUUUGGGGGGGGGGGGGGCUAUUAGGUGUAGCUCUCGUACUCUCCGCUUCCACCACAUGUGUAAACCCAACCUAGCCGAAUCUGCCCUAUCCUGACCUAACGUUAUCCAAAACUUUCAAAAUAAGCCGGUGUCCGCCGGAGGUGCCACAAGGUUUACCACCAGUUACUUUGUUUAGUCAAUUCUGCUCCUCUUCCUCCACACUAAGCUUUGAAGUUCUUUCUUCCUUCCUUAACCUGGUCUACUUUAUAGCCUGGUUAUUUUCGAAAACGACGUACUGUACUACAGUAUUUAGUUAUAAUUUUAAAUUCUAAAGAAAUCUUGUUAAAGAAUGGAAGUAGUGAUGCGUUAUAAUUUGGUUACAGAGCUCAGUUAUGUUGCUAUCUAAUCAAGCCUGAAAAUAAGCGGCCGGUCACGGACAUUGUCCGGUACGAAAAGGAAAUUGUCCGGCACAACUGUUUUUUUGCCAGACAGUUUGUCCGGCAGCAUAUUAUACAACUAUUGGUGGAACUGUCUACAACUGGCAUUAAAAAUUUCAUAAUAUUUCAAAAUAUUUGCAUUCUCCAUUUAAAAAUUAUGUGUAUGUCCAAAUUUCAUCGCGUAUGAAUAUUCAGACUAUUAAUUAAUAUGCCUGUGAAAAUGCUGUGAAAUUUAUGAUUGUUCGAUUCCGUAUGACAUAAUGGACUAGUGGCUUAAUUGUUGUUACUAAGCUUUUCAUUGGCUUCUUUUAUUUCAAGGACCACGAAAAACUAUAUUUGCUCUAUUGCGUUAAUAUUUUUUGUCAAGCGCAAAAUGUCCAGUGUCAGGCACCAAUAAUUUCGUACCUGACACUUUGUCAGGCACCGUUGGAAAUUUAUUUUCAGGCUUGUAUCUAAUCAGCAGUUGAUUUAGUUAACUUUAAGACUCCCUAGCAGGGCUCAAAAUAACGGGAGAUAGGUUUCCGGUCAAAAGGACCAGUCAACUUGAUUUUAGCUCGGUCAAAAUCUGUUUUUGACCAGUUAUUGAUACGCUUACACUAACAGUGAAACAAAGUAUUAAAAACUUGUUUCGAUAUAUCAUAGUUUUAAUUCAAGACGUCAGCAAUUACAUUGGAUGAGAUGAAAGUAUGGCCGGUCAAAAUGACCGGUGAGUUUAAAAAAUGACCGGUCAAGAGGUAUUUUUGGCCGGUCAUUGUCCGUUAACCGGCCGUUAUUUUGAGCCCUGCCUAGACCUCCCGAAAGGCCACAGCCGCCUACUUUAUCAACACACUUACCUACUCAGACUUUCUGAAAGCUCUCUCGUUAUCUAACCUAAGCUAUGAGCAUUUGACUAAACCUAUGCCAAUUUCCAUCUGACCCAACUUAACUUAUUUUUUAUCAACAUAACUUUACCUAUUUCAACUUAUGACGUUUAUAUAACUUAGCCAAUAUAGCGCAAUAGAGAGUUUGUUUGACAUCACAAAAAUUACUUUACCCGCAAUAUUUCUACGUGUAUGUAAAUCUCGACAUUUUUUGUAUAGAUUUCAAUGAUUGCUGAUCAAAAUCGACGUCCUGCUCAUUCAAGAAGAUUGUCAUGUCCAGGCUCAUUUGAGCGACAGAGACGAGCCGCUGGAGGUCGGUACAAUUGUUCUUUGGUAUAGUUAUAAACAUCAUGAAUAUAUAUGGCAAGCAGUUUGGUGAAUCGGUCAAUUUUUAUUUUGUUUUGAUUUUGGUGUUGCGUGGCAUAGUCCACGUACUCGCCACGCGUUUUUGACCUUCGGAGUUCGGCCCGCGCUCAUCCCGCGUAUCACCGUACGCAGCCUUCUUAUAAUUUUGUUUCUUUAUGUAGGUCUUCCAAAUCUCAAAUCUCGUCCAGAAUCGAGUGCAUCUGAACGUUCCACUGGCAACCAAGAAGAGCCCGCGAACCCUGCAGCUGCUGAAACUGCAUUCUCUAUCCCGCCCAUUUCCCCCAAGGUUGGUCAACUCGUCAAUCUUGCCUCGCCCACCGUCACAUCUCCUGGCCCUGAAGGCACCUUCCAACUGUUUGACGAUGCCCCUGAAUCGUUUAUGACUCCCCCAACUAAUACACCUUCCCCCUCCCCCCAGCCUAAAUCACCGAUGCCAAUAUCUUUGAAAUGCUCUGAUGCCGAAAAGAGACCUAAUACGGGUCGUAAAGGGCGUCCGCGGACGUGGUAUGGCGGAGCGGCGGACAUUCCGCACGUAGCGGACGAGGAACUGCGACGGAGUAACAGCUUGGAAGAUUUCGGGAAAGCACUUGAUGAAGGGAGUGAUGAUGAAUCCAUUACAUCUGCUGCAUCCGAAGCGAAUUCUAAAGAAGGUAUACUUCAGACAUUGUGUUCAUUGACAGAGAAAGAGAGUCGUACCGAAAGUUUCGUGUCCUCAAUAAGCGAUACAAGUAUCGGAAAAGAAAGUGUUGGUAGUGAUAUCGAGGAUGAUUGUGAACUUGAAUAUACACAAGAGGGCAUUCAGGGUGAAAUUGUCAAGGAUAUUGAGGGCUAUGAGGGUAUCCAGGAGCGCGAGCACGAGUACACGAAGGAUGAGCUUGAAGGACAUGAAGAAAUUGGAAAGGGGGAGACCCACAAUCAUGGGGACUUAGGUAAUGUCGAGGUUCAUCUGGGGAUCCAAGAGGAGGAGGAAACUGGGAUACAUGAGGUUGUUGACGAACAUAAGGAUGUCGAUAACAGGGACGUUCAUGAAAAUGAGAAGAUUGAAAUUAAUGGAAAAUUAGACCAAAUUGUAGACGUCGAAAAGCAUGAGAGUCAAAUUACUGCGGGCAGUAAUGUUAAAAAUAACGACGGUGGAGAUGUAGAAAACGAAUGUCAGGAUACAGAGUACAAAUGUAAUGACGCGGAGCACGAUCUUAAAGACACCGAGCACGAAUGUAGAAACUCUGAGCACGAAUGCAUCGAUACGGAACAGGAAUCUAAGAACACGGAAGAGGAAUUUAAAGACACCUUGACGGAGCACGAAUGUAGAAACUCUGAGCACGAAUGUAAUGAUACGGAACAGGAAUCUAAGAAGACGGAAGAGGAAUUUAAAGACACGUUGAUGGAGCACGAAUGUAGAAAGUCUGAGCACGAAUGUAAUGAUACGGAACAGGAAUCUAAGAAGACGGAAGAGGAAUUUAAAGACACGUUGAUGGAGCACGAAUGUAGAAACUCUGAGCACGAAUGUAAUGAUACGGAACAGGAAUCUAAGAAGACGGAAGAGGAAUUUAAAGACACGUUGAUGGAGCACGAAUGUAGAAACUCUGAGCACGAAUGUAAUGAUACGGAACAGGAAUCUAAGAACACGGAAGAGGAAUUUAAAGACACGUUGAUGGAGCACGAAUGUAACGAAACGGAGCACGAAUGUAAGGAAACGGAACACGAAUGUAGAGACAGGAACGAUCUUGAGCAUGAGCAAACCGAAGAUACUGAAGCAGCUACAAAUAGCAAUGUCGAAGAAGACAUUGUAAGUCGAGUAGAUAAACAAGAGGAAAACCACGAGAGCGAAUCACCGUACGAAAACACUUAUAAUGGCCAACAAGAUAACGAAGUAGAGACUGGUGUUGUUUGUAAUGGAGUAGAAUGCGUCGUUCAGGAGCACGAACAUGCUGAGGAACAUAUUCAGAAUGAAGUUAUAGGGGAUGAGAACAUGCGUAAUGAGAGCAUGGAAAAAAACACAGCAGUUGGAACAAGUGGGCAGGGUGAUUGCAACAAAGACCUUGAAGAGGAGCUUUCAAAUGAUAACAAAGAAUCGCAACUAAACGAAGAACAUCAGUGUGGGGAACCUGGCUUGGAACCGUUAGAAGAUGUUGUCCAACAGGAUUCUCAUGCUGAUCCUCGCGACUCCGAAAAUACAGCGAGUGGAGAAAACCAACUACCACAUGAAGAUGUAUCGAUGGAGAAUUCAAGUGAAGAAAUUAAUCUUUCAUACAACUCCAACGACGAUGCAAUCGUUGAAGAAACUCUAACCAACAAAGUAGCUGAUGAUGGACCUGAAAAAAACGAAACUUCACCGGAAGGAAACGAAGAUUGUACGAAAGAAUCCGAAGGUCGGUCUUGUGGAUCCGAAGAUGUGGAAGAAAAACUAGGAUGUCUUCAGGCAGAAGCCGAAAAUCGUCCGACAGAAUCUGGAAAUAUCGAGAGAGAAUCCGAAGAUCGUUCGGCAGAACCAGAAGAUCGCCCGACAGAACCCGAAAAUCGCCAGACUGAAUUCGAAGAUCGCCCGACAGAAUCCGAAAAUCAUUCUGCUGAAUCCAAAAAUCUUCCGAAAGAAUCCGAAGAUCGGACCAGAAAUCAGGCGAAUGAUCCCGAAAUCGUGAUAGAGGACGCCGAAGAUAAAUCAUCUGAAUCAACAGACGACUACUCCAGCGUAUGUCAGACAAAAAUCAAGUACGAAGACCUCGACGAUAUCGAAUGCAAUGUGCAAGAUUUCUGCCUCCCCGGUCAGAACACUGAACGUAACAAAGAACUGUUUCGUAUCCAGGCAACGGAUGACGUGGAAUCGGGUGAGGACUCGGACCCAGGCAAGCAUAUCCGGUUUGAUGAAAAACCUCCUUCUUUGAGUCCCAUGGCAGAAGAACUAUCUCCGACAAGUCCUGAGGAAAAUUUCUGUGUUCCUAUGCGGACACGCUCAGCUUUGCUACUCGGAAUGAAAACACCGGUGAAACGAAGCGGAAGUGACAUAUCUGUGACGUCACUUCAAGAUGUCGAACUUAAUAUGCACGCGACCAAUCGAGACAACGACCUAACCCCGGGGGUAUUAAACAAUUCUCGGAAAGCAAAAUCGUUCGGAGACUUGAGCACGUUUUCAGAAGGUCGCUCCGAAAUGACCAAAGACGUAGGUGACGAUUCGGAUGAAGAACGAAAACGGAUUCAGGAAGACCACACGGUAGCCUAUCAACCUUUUAAAUUACAAUUAGUACUUAUUAUAGACUAAUUUUAAAACUAGGCAAGGAGACGCAAAUAAAUCACCACAGCUAGAAAGAGCAUACUAAAAUGAGUAAAAUUGCAUAGUUGGGUUGCAAAAUGUUGUAAAAUACGGAAGAUAUAGCCUUGCAAAGUUUGCAAAUUUUGUACACUUUAGUAUUGCGUGCGGAAAUUGCUACCAUUUUUGGCCCAAAUGUGGUAGCAAUGUCCGCACGCAAUACAAAAAGUAUACAAAAUUUACGAACUUUGCAAGGCUAUAUAUUCCUCAUUUUACAACAUUCUAUAAUGGGAAUUGAUUAUAAAUCUUAAAAUUCAAAAAGAGUUGCUCUCAAUAGGGCCAUCGUUCUAUUUGUUCAUUCGAGAUUUUGACCUCUCGGUAGCUAAACUUCUCUUCGUUCGAUUUUAGGUUCUCAAUCGGGUUAAGAAGUACGAACAGGCGUCCAAAUAUGCGAGUAAUGAACAGCUUGAGCAGAUAUCAACCUCUCGCAUUAUCACAGAGCGAGAGGAGGAAAAACAGAAUCAAAGACGGUGGAGUAAUUUCUUUAACCCCAAGAACCCGAAGCCGGGGAAGAAACCCGGUCGUACUCCGACUUUCCGCCGAGAUAAUCUACGAUCCUCUAUGACCGGGAAGGGUUCGAAAAACCCCCCUAAGAGUACCAUUGAAAAUCUUGUUGCCGGUCCACACUCGGCAGCGUUCGCAAAACACUCUCAAACUGCUCCAAACUUGCAUGUGGCGGCAAGCGGCAGACCACGAUCGUUUACGGGCUCCCCGGGCCAAAUUCGGAAGUCUCCGACCAUCAGCUCGAUCGAUUCCGAAGAACAAAAAACGGAAUCGCCCGAUGAAGUAGAGAUCCAGAACGAAGACAUCAAUUUCGAAGUGGACUCGGACCUGGAAAAUUUUGACAAGGAACCAGAAGCAUGGAGCGUUACAGCGGAGCCUUAUAUGUUGAAGAAGAUGAAAAAGAAUGAAAUAAAACGGCAAGAUGUGAUACUCGAACUCAUCCAAACCGAAGGACAUCAUGUGCGAACUUUAAAAAUCAUGCAGCAAGUGUUCUAUCGCGGCCUUCACAAGGUCGCCAACUAUCCGGAAGAACGCUUGGAUGAGCUGUUUCCAAGGAUUAAUGACUUGGUCGAUAUUAGCGCAAGAUUUUAUCGCAACUUGAGAUGCCGCCAGGAUGAAAGUGCCUCGGUGAAGAUGAUAGGUGAUGUUAUCAUGAAACAGUUUGGUGGCGAUAAUGGAGAACUGGUUAAACAAGCAUACGGAGAGUUUGUCAGCAAACACCCCGAAGCUGUGGCGUCGUAUAAGGUAAGAGAAGUGGGACCACGAGAUCCUGAGGCAGGGAUUAAAGAAAUUUAAAGAAAUUUUAUCACUGCACAAAAAAAAACAUAAAAUAGUAGUAGUAUGUCACACAGCGAAUGAGCGCUGAGUACAUUUCUCUUGAUUAUAUAAGCUAUUCAGUGCUGUACUGGGAAAUGCAAAAUAGGAAAAUUUACGAAUUUGUAAAUGGGAACCUAAGAAAAGGGACCUAACUAGGUGAUGGGGAAUUGCAAAAGACCGGUCCUUCUCCAGAAAAAUGUCGUACUUUUUAGCCUCCCAAAGUUGAUUUCUUGCAUUUUCAGACACAAUUUUUGACACAUUCCAUUUUGCAGGAUUGAAUACUAAGUCAUAUAAAGUUCGAUACAAAAUUUGAAAACAUUAAGUAAAAACAGGCAUAACUUAUUUGACAAUUUAGACAUAAUUUGUGAUAAAUUAUAUGCACUCCUUCCACGAAUUAAUAUCACCUAUAGAUAAAUUUUAAAGAUAAUUAGAACUGCACAAUUCCCAUUUAUCACUGCACAAUUCCCAUUUAUCACUGCACCUUAAAAUAAUCCUUGUCUCGAAGUACAGUUGCUUUUGCGAGAAGGUCGAAGAACAUUUUCAACUUUUCACACAUACGUUAUGAGAGAAUCUUAGGGGUCGAUUGCGUGGACCCUAAGUGUUUUGUAGAGCCAAACACUAAAAAAAAAACCGCUUCGGUUAAAAUAUCCUGGUUUAACCUAGAAAGAACACUAUUUGGCUUAACUUAUAUUUCUGGGGCCGGUUGUUCAAAACUUGCGCUAACCCUUUGCUGUGGGUUAUGUAUUUCUGCUCGUCUGUUUUAGAAAAAUUAACUUCUGAUGACCCAGACAAGAUUUCUGAAAAAAAUAUUUCCAAGUUUAUAGGAAGUAUGCUUUGAAUAUCACGUUAACCCAGGGUUAAAGUGUAUAUGACAUGAAAUUUCUUAUUUUCUUAAAUGAAAGAACUCUUUAAGUUGUAGUGUAACUUAUUUUUCAGUUUCUUGUUUUUAUGUUUUGUUCCCGAGAUAUUUCAAUUUGUUUGAUAUUUAAAUGAGUGUGAAUAUGUCCGCUAAUUUAUGACGUCAUGUUGGUUGCAAGCUCAACUUACGCUGGUUAUAAAUGUAUUAACUCUAAAAACUGUUGAUAUCAGUUCACGUUUUUCUCCAGUAUUUCAUCACAUUUACCAGUGAGCGAAGUUUGAAAUUAUCUUGGUUGAUAGCAGUGAUAUUCAACCAUUUUAAAGAGCUUGCAACCAACAUGACGUCAUAAAUUAGCGGACAUAUUCACACUCAUUUACAUAUCAAACAAAUUGAAAUAUCUCGGGAACAAAACAUAAAAACAAGAAACUGAAAAAUAAGUUACACUACAACUUAAAGAGUUCUUUCAUUUAAGAAAAUAAGAAAUUUCAUGUCGUAUACACUUUAAGCUAACCGGCUUUUGAACAACCGGAACCUGGUAAAUUUCCUGUUUUUUGUCACUUCCUACCAAAGUCUGGUUAAUGUAACCAGAUUUGUAACCAGGAAUCUGGUUAUAUUUGUCCAGGAUGUCUUUGUUAAAAUAACCAGACUAUCCUAGGUGUUAGAGCCUACGCGCCAUGGUGUUAGCACAGAAUAAGACUGUACAGCAGAAGCGUAACUCAAGCAAGUAUUUGUCCGCGUUUUUACAAGCGAUUCGUCAUCAAUCUCGCCAUCCUGGCUAGUACAACCGGCACUUUGUACCUACCAAAACCUGAUAGAAACUUCCGGUUGUACUAGCCAGGAUGACGUGGAUUGGCGUGAGCGAGUUAAAAUUUUCGUGGACGUAAAACAAUAAGGGAAACGACUAGAGUUACGCUUCUGCUGUACCUUCUUAUUCUGUGGUGUUAGUGUCUAUGACGUAAGUAUUAGAGUUAGCUAAUAUCGAUCUUUUCUUACAGCACUAUUUUAAGACGGACAAGAAGUUUUCAAAUUUUAUCAAG